GCGAUACAAAACAUUAAUUUUAUUAAUGUUGGCUGUUAACGGAGUUGAUUGGUAACCAAGCCUCCUUCUCGAUGUCGCUGUUGAUUCGUCUCACAUGUAAGCAAACAUAUGAACGGGGCAGUAUCAUCGGAUCCCGAGGGCGCCAAAACGCAAAAUCGACUUGGAAACUAUUCCAUCGAAUUUUUCCACCGAGGAGUAUCGAGCCCUUGUGUAAGAUGUCUGGGCGAGGAAAAGGAGGAAAAGUAGGAAAAAGUACAAGCAAAACCAGGUCUGCCCGUGCGGGUUUGCAGUUCCCAGUGGGAAGAAUUCAUCGCUUUCUUCGUAAAGGAAAUUAUGCAGAGCGCAUUGGAGCAGGAGCGCCGGUUUAUCUUGCAGCCGUUUUGGAAUAUCUCACUGCAGAGGUGUUAGAACUAGCGGGUAACGCCGCCCGUGACAACAAGAAAUCCCGUAUUAUCCCGCGUCAUUUGCUGCUCGCGGUACGAAACGACGAAGAACUAAACCAACUUCUAAGCAACGUGACCUUCGCUGAUAGUGGAGUGCUGCCUAACAUACAGGCUGUGCUGCUUCCGAAGAAAACCGCGUCCAAGUCUGGCGGUUCAAAAUCGAGCAGUCAAAGUCAAGAGUAUUAGACCGGCGGAGUGACGGUGUAAAAUGAAAAUGUGAAUAAUUAUAUAACUGUCAGAGACCUCCUCUGUAUCGAUUGAUUAUAAUGUAUUUAUUAGUUUGAA